AGCCAGUGGGCGUUAGACGUGUUGUGAGAUGACCACAGGAAGUAAAACCCCACGGGGACAGCUGGCUACUCUCCAAGCAGAGACUCUUCUGGUCAGCUGUGUUGCAUCUCAUUCCCAUGUUGGUGUCAACAACAUGCCCAGGCGGCGUGCUUUGCGAAGUCGACGAUCAACUCUGUUUGCACAAUAAUUUCUUCGACUAGUCUGUUCCAGGAAAAGAAAGACUAUGGAAGAGGAGACACACUGGCUCCUAGUUGAAGUGCAGAAAAUGCGGUCAGAGGGUCUGUUGGUGGACGUGACUCUGUGUGCCGAGGGAAAGGAGAUUCCCUGUCACCGUCUGGUUCUGGCUGCCAACAGCGAAUAUUUCAAAGUCAUGUUCAAUGGAAGCCACAGCGAGAGCAGGAAGGGCAAGAUAGAGAUAGGAGGGGUGAGUGCAGAGGCACUGCAGCUUUUAGUGGACUAUUCCUACACAGGCACAUUCACCGUCUCAACUGACAACGUCCAUGCCCUGUUUCAAGCAGCGGACAUGCUGCUGUUUCCACAAGUCUCUAAACAAUGCGAAGAGUUUCUGCAAGAGUAUGUGAGAGAAACGUGUUUGGAAACGUGGGCGUUGGCUGACAGGUUGUCGCGUACAUGUUUAGCAGAGAAAGCGAAGAGCUGGGCACUGAAAUCGUUAGGUGUACACAAUCUGUACCUAACCAAGGAGUUUCUUCAACUUCCUUUUCAUCUAGUGAAGGCCUAUGUCUCAGACGAGGGCCUUUUUGCCAUGGAGUUUCAAGUCUUGCAUGCGAUCCUUCUUUGGGUAAAGUACGAUCUUAAAGAACGAGAAGAACACCUCAAAGAGCUGCUGAAGUGUGUCUGCUUCUCAAGUAUAGGCCAAGACCAUCUCAAGAACUUGUUGAAGGAAGAGAAAGAGUUGGCAGGUGUCCGUGGGAUCAGGCAUAUGAUGAGGAGCCAGACUGUGGAUGUGGUACCUCGCCAAAUCCUCCAGAAGAACAUGCUGGUCAUCGGUGGUGUCAGAAAAACCAUGACGUCAUUGAACGACCUAGUCUACCGACUGAAUCUCGAUUCUGAGUGCGCUGACGUGAAUCCGCUGCCGAAACAAUUUCAGGGUAGUCGUGGAAUGGCGGUGUGCACCUUCGACAAUGACGUAAUCGUGACGGGUGGAGACAAGUCUAUGUCGCAAGCGUGGAGGUACAAACCACAUCAGAACUUGUGGGUCAAGCUGGCGAAUCUGCGGACCAGACGAUACGACCACAGGAUGGCAGGUUUGGGGGAAGAACUAUAUGUAGUUGGUGGUGCCAAGAAUCGACGCAUCAGGGAAUGGACAGACGGUCCAGAGAAGUACAUGAUACCUGAUGUUGAGGUAUACGACAAGAAGAGCAACCGUUGGAAACUAACAAAGCAACUACGAGUGGCUGUGAGCAACUUCGCCAUAGCUGCCUGCCGAGGGAAGCUCUAUGUGUUUGGUGGAGAGACUGAUGAGGAUUUUGCGACUCUUGCCGUCCAGUGGUUCGACCCAAAGAACGAAAAGUGGUCAUUGGACCCGUGGUUGUUGCCAGAGGAAGAGAGUGGUCUAAGUGCGUGCACAGUUGGCUCCAAGAUCUACCUGGUCGGUGGAGUAUUAGAGGGCGUGUGGUGCUUCCAUCCGGAAGAAGAGCGUUUUGAGGCUCUGGCCGACAAACUGGUGCCGUGGGACUGCUGUAGUGCCACAGUGUGCGGGGGAGAGAUCUACAUAACCGGUGGCUUGGCCCAUGAUGAAUUCCGUAACUUGGAUGGCACAUGGGGUAACCCUGAAACCUUGCCCUACGUGCAGUGUUACAACGUGAACAGUGACACCAUGGUCUUGUGUGAGAAUCUGCCAGAGCCACUGUAUGGACACUGCACUGUAACCAUUGACAAGUAGUGGGGAGCCUUUUUGCACAAUGUGUUACUCAGCCUGAGCAUUGUUUUCAAAGUACCUCUUGUAAAAUUGACCUUGUAAGACCUGGAGGUAAAAUUGACCUUUGGUUGACCUUGUAAGAACUAGAUGUAAAAUUGACCGUGAGUUGACCUUGUAACACCUGGAGGUAACAUUGACCUUGAGUUGACCGUGUAAGACCUGAAGGUAAAAUUGACUUUGAGUUGACUUCGUAAAGUCCUGGAGGUAACAUUGACCUUGAGUUGACCUUGUAAGACAUGGAGGUAACAUUGACCUUGAGUUGACCUUUGACCUUGUAAGACAUGGAGGUAAAAUUGACCUCGAGUUGACCCGGUAAGACGGAUGGAUGUUAAAUUGACCCCAAGUAGACCUUGUAAGACCUGGAUGUAAAAUGUAUGUUUGAUAAUCUAUUUAACAUGUUUGAAAAGCCCACAUAAUGCAAACUUAUGAAACAUGUAAGCUCAUCUCUAAGUGUACAAAAUCAUAUACAAAACAACAUACGAAGUUAUCGUGUGUGAAAACUUUUAUUGCCAUGAAAAAAGUUGUCAACAUUAUUCUGUACCGUAUGUCUAAAGUUCUCGGUUCUUAUUAAGUAGUCUAACAUUCUCCCUAACACCAUAACCAAUACAAAUCAGGAGGCCAAAAGACCACAUCAGCUUGGUGGGUAAGUUAGCUGUGGGGAUGUGCAUAAUAUAUGUAAUCACAAUGAUAUUCCAGACUUAAAUGAUAUAUAAUGUUUUAAAUCACAAGGCUGAGUCAUGUCCUCUGGUAGAUGUAGGUAUAAUAAGUAUUGCAGAACUGUCAUGUCCGUAACCGACGUUUGUAUCAGUAUACGCCCAUUUGCAUAUACGUCAUUGUCAUUUUUUGCAGGAACAGAACUAAUUUUACUAUAUAUACUUACUGGCAUUUCCUACAUUUAUCCAUUUACAUGUAGUUGCAAAUGAAACAUUAAGUGGCUAUUAGUUUGUCGACAUCAGCAAAUUGUACU